AUGGCUAAUUUCACGACCUUCCUGCUCGUCUAUCUCUUCGGAGGCCUGACAUUUCUCCCUCUCCUACUGGCGGCGGCUAUUUAUGCCUGGACGCGGCCUGUGGAGUCAGAUGCACAGACUAGCUCGGACCCGACAACAAAAGAUGGCGGCCGCUUACCCACAGGGAAAGACAACUACAAAUACGAUGGGUUGGUUCUGCCGGGUGACGACGUCAAGACGCUCGAGGCUGUACGGCGAGAACAUGCCCAGGAACGCAGCGACGGCGCGGCCAAGAAGCACAAACACCGCCAGGACCCGGCCGACGACUUUGCGACCGCCGGCUACUUUGCUGUGCACCGCAAGUAUGUUGCCAUGGGCGGCAACCUACGGCCCAUUGAGCGCGGCUCGUCGGUGGGCGCGGCCGAGGUCGCCCCGCCCAGUCCCAGCGUGUACCAGACCUUCUUCCGCAGCAUGCUGAACAAGAAAUCCGACCCGACCAAGGUCGAGGUCAGUAAUGCCGCCAGCCCACGGCCCAAGAACGCACACAACAUGUUCUACGUCGUCCUCCGCCACGGCCAUUUGAUCCUUUUUGACGACGACCAGCAGGUGGACGUGCGCCACGUCAUCAAGCUUGCCGACCACGACGUCGGCAUCUCCGCAGGCACCGAUGUCGUCCCUGAGGGCGAGCUCUUCAUCAAGCGGAACGCCAUCCACCUCGCACCCAAGAACCACGAGCGGGCAAAGGCUCAUAACGCCCCGGCACCCCGACCCUGGUUCUUUUACUGCGAGAACUGCUCCGAGAAGGAGGACUUUUACUUCUCCCUGCUGCGCAGCCUGGACAAGGCACCCAAGCCGCACGAGAUCGACGUCCGCCACCUCACAUCGUUGAUGGAGAGGCUGCACGCGUCCGAAGAGGCCGCCGACAUGCGCUGGCUCAACGCGCUGCUUGGACGCCUGUUCCUCGGCGUGUACAAGACGUCGGACGUCCUCAAGUUUGUCGAAUCCAAGGUCGUCACCAAACUGUCACGCACACCCCGGCCUGGCUUCAUCUCGAGUCUUGUCGUGCAGCGUGUCGACAUUGGCGAUACGACCCCUCAAAUCACAUCGCCCCGCCUGAAGAGCCUGACGGCCGAAGGCGAGUGCAUUGUCGAGGCCGAUGUUCGAUACACCGGGCGCUUCGAAAUUGACCUGGCUGCCACACUCCGCGUGAGCACGCCCAUCGGGCAGCAGGAAGUCAAGACAUCGUUGGCGGUCGUCUUGCACCACCUCGAGGGCCAUAUGCUGUUCAAAGUCAAGGGCCCACCCAGCAACCGCAUCUGGUUUACGUUCCGCCACAUGCCCAAGAUUGAGAUGGAGACACGUCCGAUUAUCAUGGCCCGCCAGCUGACCUGGCCCGUCUUUAUCCAAAUCAUCGAGGGAAAGAUCAAGGAGGCCAUUUCCGAGAGCAUUGUGCUCCCGUUUUGGGACGACACGCCUUUUUUCCCGACCGAGAAAAAGGCGUACCGCGGCGGCCUGUGGGAGGACGCGUCGGAUGCCGAACACGAAGGUACAGCCAUCCGGACAGAAGCGGCUGGUGGUGUUCACGUCGAAACCGGUGCUGGGAUUGAUCCACCAUCGAUGGACACAGGCCAUGCUUCUGGCACCGACACGAAGACGGCGUCCACGACAGGUGUGGCAUCGAACACGCCAGAGAACGACGAAAACGUCUCGCCUGCCGUGUUGCGCCUACGGCGUCUUAGCAAGACCCACAGUGCCCCGACCAGUGGCACUGCGUCACCACACGCCCCCGCAACCGCGGCAUCGGGCGAGUCUGCCAUUUCGGCAGCCGCCAAGGUCGUCAAUAGAAAACAGCGCUCAGGUGAUGCCAGCGAGACGAGUUCUCCUGGCAUGCCUCCGCCUAAGAGGUUCUCCCGCACAACGUCUUCUCUUGCUAGCCCUUCGGAACCCAUUGUCGGCACAGAUACAUCCCAUGCCGAGGCGUCCAUACAGUCGUCCUCGCCGCCGAAGAACGGCAAACCGAACACUGCCAUGUCGUGGCUGUCCUCCGGCACGCUCCGAAGCAGAAAAUCUAGCGUAUCUUCCAUGGAGUCGAGCACGGCUGCGCAGACUGCAAGUCGUGCAACCGAUAGGCUGCGCAGCAACAGCAAAGACGAAGAAGACGAAGGAGGCGACUCAAUGUUCCCCGUCAGCGAUGCGGAAACGCCUGGCCGAGGAUCAAGGACCAUGCGUGCUGAUGGCGCUACGACUGGCGAUGGCAGUGAAUCGGGGUCUCUCGAUGAUCGGUCUAUCAAGUCACGAUCUGGGCGGACGUCUUCCACGUCGUUGGCGGGCAUGGCCGGCUCAGGCUCAGGCCCCAUAUCGUCGAUGGAGCCAUCCUUCACUACGACGAUUACUUCCGACUCCGGAACGCCUCCCGCCAAGCGCAGUGCCGUUUUGGCUGCGGCCAUGACAGGUGCUGCGCAGUCGGCCAAACGCUGGGGCAUCAAUGCCUUGCAGCGCCGUGCGGCGGCGGCUGCUGACCGCAAGGCAAAAGCAAGUCUAGAAAGCCGGACGGCAAGCAAUGGUGAGCCGCUCGACCUUAGCAAACCGAUGGGUGGCGGAAUGCCUCUCCCGCCCCCGGGCGAGCCGCUGCCCAGACCCGGCGAGCUCGCCCUAGCCAAGGAUGGAACUUCUUCUACAGCUUCGUCACCACCACCGCUACCUUCACGGAUCACCCCGAUUAAGCGCCGGCCGACGACCGAAUCGGUGUUUCACAGCCAGAACCAGUCACAGAUGCAUGUCCCAAUGCACAAAGAGCAGCAAAUCAAGAGGAAAGAAGUCCAUUCGCAAGCGCCCGUGCGGAAGCCGGUUCACCAGGACAGCAAUACCCCUCCUCAUCAACAUAACCGUGCACAAUCGACGACGUUUGAUGAGAUUCUGGGCCUGCCGCAGCAAAGUUCGCCUGCAAACGGACACCAAGCGCAAUACAUGUCACGUUACGACGAGCAGGAGAAUAUGAUGGUCGUUGAGGCGCCUAUCGACUCGGCAUCCGACGAAAGCGAUGAGGACGAAGCCCCAGUCACCCGUGACGGAGAAGGAGAGUCUCCUAACCAUGAAAGUAGUAGCCUACACGAGCCAGCAGAGCCGCCUCAUCACAGUCCCGCAAACGAGUCGAAUGAUAUACCCCGUGGUGAGGCGGACAGCCACGAAAGUGCUGAAGCGACCAGCAGCAUUCAAGACGGCCCCGAGAAGAGCGGACAUGAAAGUCCUACGCUGGAAGAUGACGAAGAUAAAACGAAUGGCGACGUUGGCGAUGCACAGUGGGAUACUUUGGCCGAGACUGUUGCCAGUGCCUUCCUCGGAAGCGACGAUGGCCAGCUCUCGAAGGCGCAUGGUGCUUCAGAAGCACACGAUUUGCAUGACGAACCAGAGAAGAAAGGCUCGGAUGCCUCACUGGUUGCGACUUUGGAAGAUGGCAAUGAGGAUUCCGUUGAUGCCAACGAAGCACCGGCUGCUCUCCCUUGA